AUGGCCAGCAGCAGUGGAGUAAAAGGCUGGGAUGAACAGAUGGCUGGUUACCCUUUUGACGGUGUAGUUCCUAUGGCUAUAUUUCCUAAAAGCAGCCACCAUGAUGGUUCUAUAUACAAGGGCAGGCAUGCAUGGAAAAAGGAAUAUCGCAUUGCAGACCGUAACGAGACUUGGUUGGAGCCGAUGAUGUUAACAGAUCCCUCAGAUUGCUGCAUUCUCGAUGGAGCUUGCAUGCAGCAUACACCUAGUGGCAUGUUCCAAAUUUUCUCAUUGAAGCUGGCUAAAAUUCAUGUGGGUUGUGGGCCAGUAGAGUUGUACGGAUACAUUGCAAUGCGGGAUGAUCUGGAUCGAUUGCUUAACUAUGUGGUCAGUUUUAAAAGGGAUGAUCCCAUCAUCGUGGAGCAGGGUUCUCUCAUCAACAUGUCUGGCCCUAAGCGAGGGAUAGAUUCACAUGGCAAUAUUUUAAUCGAAUAUGACAUGAGGAUCAAGACUGCAGAAGAAGAAAAACAUGACCUACAACUGAUUGAUGGUGCAUCAAUAAUAGUCAGCAAAGACUUGCAGAAGUGUCACACAUUCACCAGUCGCAUCUAUGGCGAUUGUGGAGCAGUGGACUUCACCGCAUCACGCCUUGAAAAUGCAGUUGAGGCGACUCUAGAAGUUGUCAUCUCAGAAGUGCAAAACAGUUUCAAUUUGUGUCUCAGCUGUUUUACCAGUGGGUUGAAUGAAGAAAUCCGGCUCUUCAAUGGCACCAUUGGUGAGUCAUGUGGCUUAAAGAGGUCUGUGGUUGCUGUAGUUAUAGCUUCUUGGAUGACGUUGAAGUUCAAGUUGGGUGCGGAGUCAUCCAGUUCUGCUGAACAUCAUUGUUCCUUCAUAGCCAACAACCAUGGGAUUUUUACUCAAAAGAUGAAGACUGACUUUGCGCUACUCUCAGUGAAGGUGACUUGGUCGACUUUGCCUCGGGGGUCUCAUGCUCAUUCCAGUUCAUCCCAACCUUAA